GUUUGCCUACAGCUUACUAUGCCGCCAAGAUCUGCAUCCUCGCGGCAUACAGCCGGUACUCGAGCAAUUAUCAUCCCACAUCAGCCAAAACCCCCUCGUAUAUGCCCUAUACCGGCAAAGCUAUUUCGGGAGCCCCAACAACAUCUCGAUGUUUCGCUUUGCUUCCCGGUAAAAGUAAGACACAGCAUGCACCCCCACCCGCACAUCCCGUAUCCAGCGCACAGGUCCCCUCGUACAGGUUUACCAGCCUCACCUCAGUCCGCCGAUCUCAGCUCCGAGCAGCAACGUCGCACGCCGUAAGCAAGCGUGGAUAAUCCCCCCGAACGGAUUUGACGGCGCUGAUCAAACUCGCUCGCUCGAGGAAUGCUCAGACCGCUGCCAGUAGGCCGUGUCCGUGUUGUGGAAAUAACCUUUAUUUAGCGCACCAGGUGGCAGGAAUGGGGAGCGAAAGGCUGGGGUUUGUGGUGGGCGUGCUCUCCAAUCAGACUGUGAGCUGGUGCCGAUCAAGACAUCACGAUGGGGGAAUACGAGAGAGGCACUCACGUAAGAGCGUGCUGCUGCGCAAACUUCCUUUGGUGGGGGGAGAGACAAAUGGCGCGCAAACAGUAACACGUCGUAUCCCAUUCCAAGGCUUGAGCUGAGAGAUGCAUUAUGCCCGAAUUAGCCUGCUCGGCGGUCACUGGGUUUAAGCCAUGGAGGGGGAGGGGAAAUGUAUAUAACCAUGGACCUCCUCGUGGUUGGGAGAUAUCUCUUUACCCACAGCUCACACACUCUUCUCCCGCCUUAAGCCACCAGAAAAUUCUCAAACAGCUUCAUAGCUACUACUUCUAAACCGCAAACAUGGUCCAAACCGCAUUCACCCUCAUCCUCGCCACGGUAGCUACCCUCGUCGCCGCCUCCCCCGUCACCCUCGACAAGCGCUGCGGAACUACCAUCCUGCCCUCUACGCAGAUCCAGCUGAAGCAGAGUGCACCAAACACUCCCUUCCCCAACACGGCGAAAACCGACAAGUCUAUCUCCAUCUCCCAGGGCCCCAACGGCUCCAACAAAGUCAACGAACUAAUCGCCUUCACCGGCGCCGUCGGCGCAUUCGGCUGCUCCCUCGGCAUCACCUUCCCCGCCGGCGCCGUUAUCACUCAAUCCGGCGGCCCCCCCACGCUGAACGUUCACACCGUCCCUACCCCCUUGCCCGCAAACCCAACAUUCAACAACAUCCACCCCGCAACGCUCUUCGGCACCGUGACCGUGCUAGCUGGACAGAGCACCGUGAUUAACAGCAGGACGUGUCCGACUGCCGCGGAGGGGGGACUGGGGUUUGUGUUUGGAUACGCGGAUUGGCAGACGCAGCAGAGUAGUGUGGGGUGGACGGAGUAUGUUAACGCGGCUAAUGGGGCGGGGUUGACGGGGGUGUUUUUGAAGUUCAAUUGUUAG